AUGUAAUAAAAGAAAAAAGACUCACCCUUAGUUCAGUAAUCUAAAGCACUGACUUAUUUUUUGAGACAUGGUGCAUAGAAGGAGGGUAUUCCAAUUAGAUAAGAUGGUUUUGUGUUGGUUUAAGAUUUACUUAAUUAACCGUCUAUGGUUAAACUUAAAGCAAAUUUAUAAAGUAUCAGAAAUGUAGUGGAUAAUAAUGACAAAAAAAGAUUUGAACUAAAAGAAAUAGAUGGAUAAUUAUAUAUUAGAUGUGUUUAAGGACAUACUAUUCCAAUUAAUGAGGAAGAACUAUUAGAGAAAAUAAUUGAUCCAAAAUAAUUUCCUAUUAUAGUACAUGGUACAUACUUUUAAGCAUGGGAUUUGAUUAAAGAUACUGGAUUAAAUAGAAUGGCAAGAUAACAUAUACACUUUGCUGUUGGAUUACCAGGAGAUGAUGCUGUAAUUAGUGGAAUGAGAAAUACUUGUGAAGUAAUAAUAGAGGUGGAUAUGGAAAGAGCAAUGAAGGCAGGUAUAGAAUUUUAUGUUUCAAAAAAUGGAGUAGUAUUAUCAAGUGGAAUACAAGGUGUUAUUGAACCAUAAUAUUUUAAAAGAGUAACUAAUAGAAAAGGAUAAGAUAUUAACAUUUAAUAAUAAUAAAUAUGA